AAUCUUUAAUUUGAAGCAGAUUUUUUUGGCCGUGUUUUCCAGGUCCAGUCACAUGCGGGGAGUGACUCCGGAUCUGUGUGUCAGUACGGGGUCAGCCAGUCCCUCCGGCAGACGGUCCAUUAUACGGUGAGUCAGUCUGAAUCACUUCUCUGUCCAACAUCACCAAGAAAAGUUGGCAGAGACCUCAGAGGAGCCUCACCGGGCAGAGCUGGAUGUGAUCGACGAGACAGAAUACCCAACAGAGGAGACAGAAUACCCUACAGAGGAGACAGAAUACCCUACAGAAGAGACAGAAUACCAUACAGAGGAGACAGAAUACCCUACAGAGGAGACAGAAUACCCUACAGAAGAGACAGAAUACCCUACAGAAGAGACAGAAUAUCCUACAGAGGAGAAAGAAUACCCUAUAGAAGAGACAGAAUACCCUACAGAAGAGACAGAAUACCCUACAGAAGAGACAGAAUACCCUACAGAAGAGACAGAAUACCCUACAGAGGAGACAGAAUACCCUACAGAGGAGAAAGAAUACCCUAUAGAAGAGACAGAAUACCCUACAGAACCCUACAGAACAGACAGAAUACCCUACAGAGACAGCCGGCAGCGUGUGCUGGACCCUGAGGUGGGGGUACUCUAUAGGGGGUACUACACAUAUAUAUGGAAGAGGUGUGAGAAGAUAUUCUAUACUGACCCCCCCAGGACAGCCAGAGAGAGGAGAAUAUACUGAAUACUCAAUAAUAACCUCUCAGGAGGACCACAGAGAAGAUAACACCCUAUAUAAUCUAUACUGGACGGAUACAGAGAAGAUAUCAUUCUAUAUAUUCUAUACUGGACUUUCAGAGGAAAAGCAGAGAAGAUAAUACCCUAUAUAAUCCAUAUGGGACUUUAGGGAGGAGAUAACACCCUAUAUAAUCUAUACUGGACUCCCAGAAGAAGCGCAGAGAACAUAAUACCCUGUAUAAUCUAUACUUGGCUUCAAGAAGGAGAUAACACCCUAUAUAAUCCAUAUUGGACACGGAGAAGGCAGAACACAAGCAAAAGUCGGAGCGGAGUCGAUAUGAGAAUGGCGGCGUACCUGGCUGUGGCGCUGGUUGUCCUGAGUGUCAUCGCAGAGGCGGAGGGAUCCAGAGACAGAGCGGUGCGGAGCUCCGCCCCUGCGGAGCCCAUGAGGAGGCGGGGUUCUGUGACUCAGCGGGGGCGGAAGAAGACAAUCUGGUCCUAUAAUCCCGGACACCGCUCCCUGGCCUUCCUGGUUGCUGGAGAAAUAGAAGUGGUUUCCCCUCCCCCGGGGGAUGCGGUGACCGGAGCGGAGUAUCGAUGCCUCGGCUGCUGCGGGGAGAGAACGCCAUUUGGGAGUAAAACCACCUCCAGCCCGCAGCCAUCGAACAGAGUCGGCCGGCUCGUCUUACGCCCCGAUGGUUUAGCGGUGAUUGGAACAGAACCGAACUCUGUGAACGACCGGUGCCUGGGCUGCUGCGAGGACAGCGUGACUCCCAUCAAUGGAGUGACGACAACGGUGACUACGAGCGGCACCACCACCGCCACCACCACCACCACCACCAAGGCCGGGGUGGUCAUGAAGGUCCCAAUAACAGGCAGACAGAGGGUGUGGCAGGCCCCGCGGGGAGCGCCCUAUGAGAACCCCAAUUGGAGAUUUGAAUCUUCCAGUUCCAGUGAAGAGAUCUCCAGGGUCAGGCAUCCUCCACGGCGCAGCAGAUUUCAGCCAAUCAGAAGCAGGGUGGAAGAACGCUGCCGCCAUCUUGGCUGUAGAUCUCCUCUUGGGUCCAUUGUGGAUGAUUCCAGCUCCAGCGAGGAGGACUGAUCUGCCGAUGGGGGGCCGGCGCUGUUCUCUGACCGUAUUCCCGGGAGAGGAGGUCUUUUGGCCGGAUGAUAGGCCGGGCUCAUCGGAGGCGUCCGUCCGUCUGUCGCACGUUCACCAGUAUUCAGUCAUUGUAGUGGUAGUGACACAUUAUGCAAAUUAGCUAGACAGGAAAGGGGGCGUGUACCUAAUUAUUAUAUUUUCACAACAUGAUCGAUAACCCACAAGGGCGCAUUAUAGGAAACACCAAUCACCAGUGACCAACCUCAUAUCAUCCUGUUAGAGCGUCAGCUCUGCGGCUCAGCCUGCUUUGUGUGACGGCUCUGCUGACUGCGGAGUAGGGGGAGGGGGGGAGGGGGAGGGGUAACUUUAAUAAAGUGGAGAAUUAAUAAUAUAUAUAAUUCUGUCUUCUGUCCUGUAUACAGACAUCAAUAAAUAUUACAAUGUA